AUGAAUAUUAAUCAACAUUUACAAGUUGGUGAUGAUGAUGACGACGAUGAUGUUCCACUCCCUGGAUUUAGAUUCCAUCCUACUGAUCAAGAACUUGUAACUUUUUAUCUUCGGAGAAAACUCGACAAGAAACCUAUUUCUGUUGAACUCAUCAAACAAGUUGAUAUCUACAAAUAUGAUCCUUGGGAUCUUCCAAAAUCUAGUUUACAUGGAGCAGAAAAUGAGAGUUAUUUUUUCUGCAAAAGAGGGAGAAAAUAUAGGAACAGCGUUAGGCCAAAUAGAGUAACUGGAUCCGGAUUCUGGAAAGCGACUGGAAUAGAUAAACCAAUAUACUCAAAUGGAGGAGAAGGAAAUGAUUGUGUUGGACUCAAAAAAACACUUGUUUACUACCGUGGUAGUGCUGGUAAAGGCACCAAAACUGAUUGGAUGAUGCACGAGUUUCGUCUUCCGUCUAAUAUUGCUACCAACACAAAUCUUGAUCAUGACAAGAAUGAUAAUGAUGUUUCUCAUGAAGCGGAAAUUUGGACAUUAUGUAGAAUUUUCAAAAGAAAUGUACCACAAAGGAAACAACAAAUACCAGAGGUGAAACCAUUAGGUAGCAAGCGUCAGAGUCAGAUUAUUCAUGAAAAGAGUAGUAGAAUGAACAAUAUUGAGUUCGGCGCAAAUCAACAAACAUAUAUCAAUUUUGGUGCAAGCCACGAGCAUCGGCCUAUUAAUGAACACAAGCUCAUCAGUAACUAUACGAGCAUUGAUCAAAUGAAUCAGUUUCAUGUAGAUCAGAUGAGCUCUUCGGUGGCGCAUCAACCUCAACAGAAUAAUGUAACGCAAUCUUCAAAUUAUUGGGUUAAUCAGGCUGCUAAUGAGUUAUUAUCAUUUGAUAAUUGGGAUGAGCUUGGAUCAGUUGUGAAGUUUUCUGUUGAUUCGCCUAGUUUGUAA